AAAAAAAAAAAAAAAAAAAAAAACUACGCCAGAGAGAACCAAUCUGGUCUCGAUCGGAAGUGCUCAUACCGUGCCUAGGCUAGACUGCCACCAAACAAACAAGCUCAGCUUGCUCGCUCCCCCUCGCCUGGUUACCCCCCCCUCACAUCCCCCAGAAGCGUAGGUUUUGGUGUACCCGCCAGCCGCGAAACCGAGACCUCCGAACCAAGCGCGGAAGCAGGGAAGGUAGGUAACAUACAUGCUUUUCGUAAAAGCAGGGAAGCUAGCCAACCAGUCCGGCCUGGUUUCCCAGCGCCAGAAGAAAGCAGACAGGGGGGCAAGCCGAGAAAAAAAAAAAGGUGAAAGAGUCUCGCCCUCACGACCGUGUCCACGAUCAUCUACGCACUAUACGGACUACUCGUGGCUCUGAAAGAGCUCUACCUACCUCACCUUGUCCCGUGUGUUGCUCGUUUGGAUCCAAGUCUGGUCUCUUGAUACACCAGACCAAGACAGCCAACGGCCCGCGUCGUCAAGAUGGCUUCUAGUAAGUCCUCCAAAGAGAGGCGUCUUUCAGUUAUGAGCUUCUUUUCAAAUCGUUCCAACCGUCUUUCUGCACCUUCUUUGCCCACUUCCCUCCUAUCCACCGGCGAUUCUUGCAACAGUGAAGACAAGGAGAACACGGAGCCGUCUUCGCAGCCCCGAGAUCACCAGCGCCAGACGCAGCAGAUGCAACAGCACCAGCAGCGGCAGCAGCAGAUGCAUCAUCAACAGCACCAACAGCAGUCAGCGCAACCACCAAGGCCCCGGUUGCGCCCGCGGCCCGUGUCGUCCGUGUUCCUCGUCCCGCGCGAUGAGGAAUUAGACGCCAGCGUCAGUCCCAAGUCGUUUGGUCGCACAGAUACGAGCCUGAGCGUACCACAGGGACGGCCGCGGCUGCAGGAGCUGCAGCAAAAGGAUGAAUACGAUGCGCUGCAGGACCACAUUAGGCGGUCGCACCAACGUGCCUCUACCCAGCCAGUGCUCGGAGAGACCGCGAGCACGCUGACCGACAGCAGCGGCAGCAUCAGCAGCUUCACCACCGCUGCCAGUUCUCCUCCGGUGGCGGACAGGCAACGGAACUUCAAACGCUUGUCCCUGACUGCCUGGCCCCCCAAGCAGUCGUCACCUACACUAAAGUCCUUCUUCUCGACCCGCAAGACUAAAUCGCCAGCUACAGAGUUGCCUCCCCCUGAACGAGCGGCGCCCGCGAUACCCUCCGAUCGAGGCCCUCCCACCUCCCGACUGUCGAUAAGCCGCAAGCCUGUUCCCCCGCAUCCCCGUGAUGAUCGCUCGGCUUCCCCUGCCCAUCGUAAAGCCCCAUCUCACUCGGACGCCACCGCCGCCGCCGCCGGCUACCUCGACUUUUCUUCGCCCAAUCUCCCGCCUCCCCUCGCGCCGGUCACGGAUGCCGGCAACACCAUCCCGCUUCACCAAAGUCCAGACGCACAGCGCAAGCAUCCCGACGCCCGCAUGAUGCGCAACUUCAGUCACAAGGCCUCCAAGUCGUUAGACCCCACGCCACCGCCACCGCCCCCACCUAAAGAUAACUCUCUGAGCGGUGCUAUGACAAAACCGCCGUCCGAUUCCCCGCCCGGCUCAGACAUUGUUGCACCGCGUCAACGGCAGGCCGAACCGGAAGCAAAGGGGAAGCAGCAGAAGAAGCUACAACCCCGCCCCCGUCAAGUCUCUCCUUCUCCCGAACCGCAGCGCGGGAGGAGGAGUGUGUCGGCGCACCCGUCUCCAGGAUCCAAGAUCGUCAAGUCAAGGACCGAGGGCCCGCAAAGCACACAAGCCUCAACGCCAGCGACAUCCAGGCCUCAGUCGGCAAACUCUAGGGCUCAAUCGGCACAUUCCGGCGAGAGAAAGCCCGCCCAUGGGCACAGUCCUAGUCGCGGAAGGCUCCGAAAAAGCUGGCUUCCCGGUAGUCGUGGCAAGGAGGCCCCCGACCAUGGACCUGCAGCCCAAGGCUCGAACAGUGCAGCUUGGAUCCUCGGCCCUGAUAGCAAGGCUGAGUACGGUACCAGCUAUCUGUCGAAUGGUGAAAAGGUACCGGAGCUCUGGAAUGAAUCGGGUGAUGUCAUGGUGUUUCUGCUUCCUAGGGACAGUGGUGCAGGACCUAGCUUCAGGCUUCCUGGUGGAAUUUUUGCAGACUCUAGCGUAUUCGAUGACCUGCUGCGAGCCGAGAUGACCUCGUCGCCCGCCGGCAGCCGAGAGCGGAUAAACAGCUUCAGUGGACGGGAUAGUUUGAGCGCAGAAGACGCUCGCCGAAAUGUGCAAAAGACGCCCAGUCCGCCCCCAGGUGGCGACGGCAGUGGAAUAUUGCGCCUGUUCCUCACCGAGACGCCAACUUGGCCCAAGGCGGCGCAGGGCCUGCCGCCGCUUGAGCGUCUCAUCGACAUUCGAAAUUUCUUUGCCUUCCUGACAGGCCAACCGCUUGUGGCAACCUUGGAAAACCCCUCGCUCUUUCAUGUGCUGUUGCGCAUCGCAGGUUUGCUUCGCGAGUAUGGUUUCUCGAGCCCGGACGGCAUGUCCUUUGGCAGGGACGUGGACCUAAGCAUGUCGUUUUACACGGAUCAGUUUGGGCUUGCGGACGUGAAGCACAGCACGGAAAAGACGGUCCAGAGCCUCAUGAUUGCCGAGCAGAUGCGAUCCUGGGAACUCUACAAUGAGGCCUUUGUGCACGCCGUUGGCAAGUGGGAGGCCAUCAUGGAUCUCAAGUCACCGGUUUAUACUCAGCUCACCCGAACAACCAGGGAUCGUCUUGAGCGCUCACACUUCGACCUGGAAAGUCGCAGGCACAACUUCUGCACUCGCCUAGACGACAUGGCUUUCCCGGGUAUCUUUGCUGGCAUUGCCAACUCUACAUCAAAUCCUGAUUUCAGGCACGUUCGCUUCAAGAACUGGAAGAAUAGCUUCAUCAGCAUGCGCAGCUUCAUACUCAAGUACUACAAGCAUCAGUUUGGAAGUUGGCCGCCCAAGGCUCGCAGCAAGAAGAAUCCCUUUACCGAGAGUGGCUUGAAUCGUCAGGUUCUCAAGACUCUUUACUCAGAUCUUUGUGCCCUUUACGACCUCCUGGUUGACCGCGAGCAGAUGACGACGCGUAUGUUCAACCAGGCUACGCACGAUGGGCCAGUCGACCCAGCACAUGCCGAGAUUGUGGCACUUCGCAAAUUAUUGGAAGAAUAUGACAACUCGUCGCCACCCGUACUACCUCCUAUACCAUUUGAUGUUCCCAAGAUGCCGACAAUGAAGACAAUCCUGGAAACGUACGAUCAGCUUUCGGCAAAAGAGCAGGCCGCUGUCGAUAGGCGCGUCAAGAGCCACGAGCUUAUACUGGUGAUGCGGCGAUCAUACAACUUCGACACUGACAGCCUGCAGCACUCCUUCCUCGACGCCUUCAAGCAGUAUGAUUUGGCCGAGGCCAAGGGCAAGAACUCGUCGGAGCUCUCGGAUUUCAGAUUCGGCUGCUGGAUCUUCCUCUACGUCGUCAUCCAAGCACUUCCCAUGCUUGCAGUUGACGCCCCAGGGGUACGCUUCACCGAGGGUGUGGAGUACUUCCUGUGCAUGCCUCCCAAGGGUGAUCCGCCAUGGAUGGAGGACGGUGCCAGUGUUCGCAAGAUGUGGUUCAAGCUUGUGGACCAGGACAAGCAGGUCGAGUUGUCGGCGGAUGCGGUACUGUUCUCGGUCGAGGCCACAUACGACCGAUCUCACUGCUGGCAAGCCGCCAAGAAGUGGGCCGAGGCCGCAGCGGCCAUGGACGAGGCCGAAGGGUCUGGCCAGGGAGUGAUGGCCCAGUCGCAGCAGAUGGUGCCCCCUCUAAUGUCGCCGCUCGAGCCGCCUCGUCCCGGCUUCUCGGGCAUGGACGGCGAUGGGUCAGGCUCACCCACCAUGGGCACAGGCACGCCAGGAUCGGCAUCUCCAACCGCGAGCGGUAUGGGGUCGCCCAUGCUUCGACCUCGCCGGCAGUCCCCGGCCGGCGCGUCGACACGGAACCGUGUCUCGGGCCACUGGCGGUCGAGCAUCGCCUUUGGUCUCGAGCCCGUCGACAUGGAUCCGGCCGCCGGUCCCCCAGGCGCAACCGGAAGCCCAUAUAGCGGCAGCAACAGGUCGCUCCUCAACCUCAACUCUCCCGCCUCUGGCGCCACGGGGGAGAUGGAGUCGCCCUCGGCACCCUUUGCGCAGUCGGCUCGCACGCACAUGGGCCGCAGCUACUCUGCCGGCAACCUGCAGGUCAUGGGCAACAACGGCCAGCCGCCCAGCCAUGCCAAGGAUCACUCUCGACACAACAGCACCGUGACCGGUGGCGAUCCCGGCAUGUCGUUUGACGACAUCCUCAAGGGUAUGGAGGAUACCAAGGUCAAGAAGAAGAAGAGCUGGCUUCCUGGAGCGUAAAAAAAAAGAAAGAAAAGAAGAAAAUAAAAGAGUCAAGCUUCUAUGGUCCUCGUCUCACAUUUCAUACUGGCCUUUUUUUUCGGUCAUAUCUUGGCGCUGUGUUUUUUGUAUCUUUUCAUUUGCAGCUUCUGGAUUUUGAUCCCUGGACAUUCUGCCGGCGUAUUGUAAUCUGGCCUCUUGAAUCAUAAGCGUCGCCUCGUCAGUUUCCUGUGCUGCUGCUCACUAUGACAUAUAUUUUUGAGCUACGUGAAGACUUGUUACUGGUUUUCCUUUUCUUCUUUUUUUUCAUAUCUCUCCUUUAUUUCUUUAUUUCGUCCCUCAUAUCUUGGUCCCGCUCUUGAUUUGACAAAGAAAAGCAACACCCGCUUCAAACAAGCGACAAUCUACACCUUUGAGGGAUGGCAUUUAGAUGAGUUUAUUGAAGAUGUACAAGACGUACUUGAUAGCCACUUACCGCGGGUGUUUGGGAGGGAAAGCAUUCGACAAUAGUCAGUCAAACUAAUACAAUAUAAUUGACAUUAACC